GUGGACACGAGCUCCUCCCUGAUGACAGACGGGGAGCUUUCUGUCCCUGUCUUCCCGGUGCCUGUACGUCGGGGAGGUCGAUCGAGGUGCCUCUACGUCCGGGCUUGCCUACCACCCAGGAAUGUCACCGCAUUAUGUGCUACACAUCCCUUGGUGUGCUGUCCGGCAAGUAUCAGCGCGUCGCCAUGAGUAGUAAGUUACAGAGAUCCACUCACAUGCACUGCUGCAGUGCGAGGGCAUGCUGUGUUUCUGAUGCUCGUGUGUGCGUGCAGCUGGUCUGCACCCCGUCCAGCUGCCCUUCACGCCCGAGUCCCUUCUGUAUCGCCUUGAGGAGCACUGGGAUGCCAUCGAGAUCGACCGCAGUCACUCGCAGUCGCUGGCCGACCCCACCGACAUGACCGCCAAGCCAGAGCACCGCCACGUGUGGCUCACCGAGAAGAGCGCCGAGCGCCUCAUCGGCAAGCCAGGCUACCGGGUGGCCCUCCUGCCGGCGGCCAUCGACGAGAAGGGGCGGCAGCGGCAGUUCCGCCACCUCUAUCGCCUGCAGGUCUUUCGCAAGCCGGCGAUGGACAUGGCCGAGCAGGCGACUGAAUACGACAGCCAGUGCAGCGUGCGCGUGUACCAUGGACAGCAGCCGGUGUGUGCGGUGCCGUACGUGCCCGUCGAGAAGAGCAAGGCCGACAAGCUGUGUGCCACCUGUCUGGUGCCGUGUGCUGGCGGUAAGGGCAUCUGCGGCAAACAGAACACCUACCGCAAUAUGGUCAACUCUCACCUGCGCAAGACACACAAACUGACGGAGGCCGACCUGCUGCAGGUCAGCGGACAGACAGACUCACAUGGACGGAACCGCUUUCAUUUUGCUGUGCGUCGGUGUGUGUAGGGCUUUGCUACCGUUCGCGGCCCAUCGGUGCCGGAGACGCCCACCAACACGUACACAACGAAGCCGCCUUCUCUAUCGCCCAUCCCACCGUGGCUGUCUCUUGUUGGUGUCCAGCUGCCCAGACCUUUUCGUUUGCCGGCAUGGUGAUCAGCAAGACGCAGGCCGACACCUACGGCAGCCACAUGUCGGCUGGGUCAUCGAACACCGACGUCGCGGCAACACCGUGAGCACACAAAACAUCAGAAGCACCACAGAUGCAGUCAUCCCACUCAUCCGUUUGUGGUGCGACUGUCUGUGAGUGGAUGCAGCCCAUCGGUCGACGCGCUGCCGAUCGACGGCAAAGAGAUGCCGCAGCCGCAUUUGGCGCACAGGCUGGCUCUCGACAGCUAUGGGGCUGCAGCUGGCGUGACCGGCAAUGUCAACCAGAUGGCACCGUAAGCCUCACCAGACCAAUUGCAAAGAAGGCAGAUGCACAGGUGUGUGUGGUGGGUUGCAUGUUUAUCCAGGCCAUAUUUUGGGUAUUAUCGGCCGGACAGCAGCGACUCGAUGAUGGCAUCCAACAGCGACAAUGAGGACGGUAAGGGGCACUCCACACAGCAGGAAAAGCGUCUAACAUGUUCUCGUCAGGUUUUGGUGGCACCGGUCCUUUCGUGCCUUUCCUGAUGGCCCCUGGCGAUUUCAAAGCCUUCGAUCGCGCGGAUGACGAGGUCAGGCAAGCCUGACAUGCCAACUGACAACGAAUGGGUCCAUUCUCGUUUCCCCCCAUGUCUGUGUUCCAGUCGGAAGAGAAUGCAUGGCUGGGUGUGAUCUGCAACAACACGCCCCAGUGAGUGACGAUGGGGACAAUGCGUGUGCGCAGCAGCAAUGCGCACACGCUGAGUGGUUUUGUCUGCACGGUAUGGUGUCGAGACGUUUUUUCUCUCAUGACACGUGUGUGUGUGUUCGUCUGUGGUCGCUGUCGAGUGACGUUUUUUCACCCAUAACACUGAAUGGUUUUUUCUGCACCGGGCGGUGCGGUGUCGCGGCGUGCUCGAAUGCCGUGACAGUUUUUGAGUGAUGACAUCUGUGUGUGAGGGUGUUUUUUGUGUGUGUGUUUGGAUGCAAGAGUUUCGUGUGUGUUUCAUCAUGGAUGGAUCAAUCUUCUCUCUGCGUGUGGUGAGACUAUCUGCUGCUGCUGUACCAUCAUCUCUUGCGCGCGUAGAUGGACUUUCUGUGUCAGUUGAGCGCGCCACUGUUGAGCAAACGCCACACCCUCUCACGCACACACAUGGAAACGUCAUCCUGCGAUCCAUUCAUGCAUCGAUUCCCAGAGCCAGUUGGCGAUUGGGAGUAGAAGUGUGUGUGCGUCUCCUUCCCGUGUGUGUGGGUGUUUCUGAAGGGGACGUCUGUCGGUCAGUGUGUAAGUGUGAGUGUGGCGUGAUGUGAUGUGUUCUGAAAAUGAGUGGUAAAUUGUACACGUGCUGAGACCAUCACUGACGCUUUAC